UACGAUGAUGGCGGACCUGUCAAGCAGUCGUAUCUAAGUUCAUGCUCAACUGCCCCGAAUUUUACACGAAAACUUAAAUUUCAAGUCAAACUAAUUAAAAUAGGAAAGCGAUUUUAUUUUUUUUUAAAUAAGCGAAAGGACCUCCUGAAAGUAGCCUACAAGUUGGAACCUUAAUGUACUUUAAACCGAACAUGCCGAACCCGGUGCUGAGCGGAAGGACUGGAGCUAAGAUAGGCACUUCCUCAAUCCAAGCAAACAGAUGGGAGAGCGACUACUCGCAGAUGGAUGUUCCAACCGAGAGCCCCCCUCCUGCUACUUCAACGAAAACUCGGGCGCCCCCUUCAAAGGAAACGCAAAUGUGCAGCCCAGCUCGUCCGGUCAGUGGUGUCAACAUGGCGGCGGUAGAUGUCAUUGUGGAUAACUUGGUGACACUCUGGAGGAUACCGGCUGUCCGACAAAACUUCCCCUUGAUAUUUGUACUGAUUUCGGUCGUGGGGUCGCUUCUGAAAGAGCUGGACGUCGUCCCGCAGACAUAUUUCAGCAGCAGCGGAAAUGCCCUGAAUGUGUAUUUUGUCAAAGUGUCCUGGGGCUGGACAUUGCUACUGCUGACCCCCUUCCUCCUCCUGUCCAACUCCGCCUUCAACAGGAGCGUGUCCUUCCUCUCCCGCCGACUGCUGUCUCUGCUGGUGGCGACGGCCGUCUGGUACGCCUGCACCCAGACCUUCUUCUUCAUCGAGGAGGUGACCGGUUCGUGUUACGAAACCGGCACCAAGGAGGUUCUCAUCAAGGAGCUGGCGACCAAAGCCAGCUGCAGGCGGGCCGGCUUCAAGUGGCACGGCCACGACAUCUCGGGGCACUCCUUCAUCCUGGCCUACUCGGCUCUCUUCAUCGCGGAGGAAACGUCGCCGAUGGCCUCCCUAAGGACCGCCGGUCUGUCUGCGCUGCCCAGGAUGGUCCUCAACCUGCUGUACGUGGCCUUGAAUCUGAUCGUGAUCGUUUGGGUGUGGAUGUUUGCCUGCACCUCUGUUUACUUCCAUCACACGUCUCACAAGUUGCUAGGGACCUUGUGCGGACUGGCGGCGUGGUAUCUGACGUAUCGGGUUUGGUAUGUCAAACCUUUAUCACCAGGACUCCCCCCUCAGCGCCACCCAAAAGAACAGAAACAAAACGCCUAAGCUGCAGUCAUACGUUCCAGUACAACAUUGUCACUAAUGUUGCAGCCACUCUGGAAAACAACACACUACAGUUGUUGCUAUCCGUCUCCAGGUCCAAGCUGGCCGUGCUAAUUUAAGCUAUUUUAAGUUAUUCCCUCCUCAAAAGAAAGGUUGAUUUGUACAGGGAUGGUCGUUGGCAGCUGCUGUUCCCAAAAUGACUCUCAGUAAUCCGAGCUAAAAGCAAGACGCUGCUCUGCUGCCCAGCUUCUGCCUCUCACCUCCAGCUUCUGAGGCUCGCUUGCUUACACCAAGCGUUUGUCCCCCUAGUUUGUUGCCUUAAAAUGUUUUUAUUUGUGGAUGAUUCAUCAGAGAUUUUUAGAUGUCUGAAUGGGAACACUUGAGAAUGUUUACAGCUCCAGUUGUAUUUUUUUUUUUUUUUUUUUGCAGACAAAUGUAAAGAAGAUAUACAUUGUUUUUAUAGGAAACCACCAUCAGAACAAAGUCAGAUCAGACACCGUUACUACAGUGGGCCUAAAUGAUUUACUGAUUGAAAUGGUUUGGGCUCACUGCGGCUGUGGGUCAACACUGUAAAAGUUUGCUCCUAUGUAUGUAGAGCUUGAAUAGCAGAUAUGACCAUUUUAAUGUAUCAUCAUGCAUAGACUUAAGUUAUUUGCAAAGUAUUAUUAAAAUGCUUUAAAAGGUUUAAGGCUGGAAAUAUCUGCGAUUGUUUUAAAUUUGCUAAAAAACAAAAUAUGCAUCCCAAUUUCCUAAUGCACAAGGUGACAUCUUUUUAAAUGCUGUGUUUUUGUCCUGGAAAUAGUUGAAAACCCAAAUAUAUUCAAUUCACAAUCACGUAGGACCAAAGGCAAGCGACACAUCCUCACAACUGUAAAGGUGGAACCAGAGAGGUGGACUUUUGGGCUUGGAAAAAUAACCCAACUCAAAAGCAGUUGCAGAUUAGUUUUCUGUUGAUGGACUAAUCCAUUGGUCAACUAAUUGUUUCAGUUGUGGUUUUAUUUAUUGUCAACAACACUAUGAAAAGACAAAGUAACCAACCAAUAAGUGUUGCCAAAGCCUGAUAUAUUACGUUACUCUGUGCCGUAGAGCUCCACUCUUGUCCAAAAACUAUUAAAAAAAAUACAUCAAUGAUGAA